AUGAAGAGCGAUUUCAUGAUGGCAUUAAAUCAGUUAUCCGCUGAACGCGGCCUGGCGAAAGACCAGGUACUGCGAGCCAUUGAAGUUGCUCUGGCCUCGGCCUUCCGGCGCGACGAUCCGGCCGGUGGCCAAAACCUGUCGGUUAAACUGAACCCCAACACUGGUGAUAUCAGCAUAUUCGCCCUGCGCGCCGUGGUUGAAGAGGUCGAAUUCCCCGAAACCGAAAUUUCCCUGCAGGAAGCUCAGAGCAUUCGACCCAACAUCCAGAUCGGCGACGAAAUCGCCGAAUCUGAAGAGGUUCCUCACGACGCCAGUCGCAUCGCGGCUCAAACCGCCCGCCAGGUUAUCAUGCAACGCCUUCGCGAAGCCGAACGCGAAAAGAUUUUCGAGGAAUACUCCGCAUACCAAGGUGAAUUGAUCAGCGGCAGUAUUGAAAGCGUCGAAAAGGGACCGACUGUUUUUGUAAACCUCAAUCCCCAUCAGGCCCAGAACCAGAACCGGGCUCGCGGCGUCAUGCGCCCCGACAAUCAGGUCGGCAACGAACGUUACCGCAAGGGCCAGAACCUCAAGGUGCUUCUGGUUGAAGUACAGCAAACUCCCCGUGGCCCCGAAGUCGUGGUGAGCCGCACCCAUCGCGACCUGCUCCGCCGCCUGAUGGAGGCGGAAGUCCCGGAAAUUGGCAACGGUACGGUGGAAAUCCGCAGCAUCGCGCGCGACCCCGGAGUCCGCAGCAAGGUCGCAGUCGCGUCUCACCAGGAAGGCGUUGACCCGGUCGGUUCUUGCAUCGGCUUGCGCGGCAAUCGCAUCCAGAGCAUCGUCAACGAACUACAGGGCGAAAAGAUCGAUGUAAUCGAAUGGGAUUCCAACCCCCGGGUACUGAUCUCCCGCGCCCUCAGCCCCGCCGACGUUGGCGCCGUUGAGCUGGACCAGGACGAAAACACCGCUUACGUCGUGGUUCCAGAGAACCAGAUGUCGCUGGCCAUCGGUCGCGACGGUCAAAACGCUCGUUUAGCCGCCCGCCUCUCCGGAUGGCGGUUGGACAUCAAGAACGUUGAACAGUGGGAAGCCCUGCGCGAAGCCAGAGCCGCUGAAGCCGCCCGUGUCACCGCAGAACGCGCCGCUUUGGCCGCCACCGCUGCCGCCGAAGCCGCCGCUGAGCAGGCCGCCGCGACCGUGGAAGAAGCCGUGAUGCCUGUUGCCGAGGCCGCAGAAGCCGCAAUCGCUGAAACCGGCCUGGUCGCCGAAACGGUUGAACUCAUCGAAUCCAUUGAAGCCAGCCCCGAGACGGCAACCGUAGACGCCGCAGUCAUCGCCGACAUCGCCGCCGUAAUCUCCCAACCGCCAGCGGAAUCAGCAGCAGUAGCCGAAGCCCCGGAGGCUGAGGUUUCAACCCCGGGUCUGGCAUUCGAUGAAGAUGCCCUCCUCGAAGCCCUCAUCGCGGAGGAAGAGGCCACCACCGUCAACGCCUCCGCUUCAGGAACGCAACCGCAGCCAGUCGGCCUCAGCGUGGAGGCCCUGGGAAAUCUUACUAUCGACGAUGUGAUCGUUGAAGACGAUGACGAAGAACUCGAAGACGACGAUCCAGUCGAGGAAGAUAUCGCCGACCUGUUGGCAGGUCUGCCCAAUCUGGCUCCCGACGCUGGAAAGAUCAGGUUCGCUGAAGACAUUGUCGGAGACUUCCGUGGCAGCGACAGUCGUCGCCGUCGCGGCGGUGGCAACCGUCGGGGCGGUAACGUUCCCGGAGCCCGUGGCCCUGGUGGCCGGGGCCGGUGA